GGAUAUUUAUGUCAGUGUCCGUCGGGUUUCGAAGGCGUCAACUGCGAGCUCAACAUCAAUGACUGCGAACACCAUUCCUGUAUGAAUAACGGCACCUGUAUUGACGAAAUCAACUCCUAUUCCUGCCUUUGUUUGACCGGAUUUGACGGCAAAAUAUGUCAAUACAUGACCGAUCCAUGUGUACUGAAUCCGUGCGAAAACGGGGCCACUUGCAUAAAGAUCACGAACGAAACAUAUCAGUGCAAGUGUCCGAUCGGUUUCACGGGUGGGAAGUGUCAUAACAUCCGUUCGUGUCAUUCCGAGUGUCACAAAGACUUCUCGCAUUGUGUGAACGAAGACAUCUGCGCCUGUCUUCCUAACCAUCAUUCCAAUCACGCCUAUUGUGAUGCCAUCAGUGACUGCAGUAUUCCCAACCUGUGUCGUAAUGGCGGCACCUGUCAUAUCAACGACAACAGGGAUGGCUAUUAUUGUCAAUGCCCUCAAGACUUCACUGGACUCAUCUGCGACGAAAAGGUAACAUUCAAAAUGUCUCACGUA